UUUGUUUUGUUAUUUCACCUCUUCUUCCAUAUUUUGCCAUUUUUUUCUUAGACCUUAAGCGCAAUGAAGAUGAAACCAAUUUGUUCUUAACAAGAAAUUACACAACAACAAACAAAAAUCUCAAACAUUGCAUUGUAACAUCCUGCAAAACAACCUCAACACCGUGACCAUCGUUGCAUCCUCCAUUUCCACCUUCUACCAGCUAAUAGAUCAAUAUUUAGUUUCUUCUUUUCAAUCUUGUUAUUACUUAUGACCACCACAUAUUGCAGUUGUUAAUCACCCCAAUUCUCAUAAGUUGCACAUCGCUUAACAUCAUGGGUUGUGGCAUCUCAACGAUGGAGGUAGAAGAACCAUCUCAUACUCGUCGUUCCAUCCGGCCUCGGCAACGUGUGAAUAUUCCACCUAUUAACAAGCCCAUUAUGAAGAAGGAUUAUGACAAUGGCGAUGAUGGCGAUGAUGGUGACACCGUGAUCAUGAAGCCGUUGAUUGACGUAGAAUGUAAACAAAAGAUGAAGGAUGAACGUACCAAUUAUAAUGGGGAUAAGUUGAGAGAAGAGAAGAUUUUUGUUGAGGUGAAAGAAAAAGAGGAGCAUGGUGUAGAUGAUAAACAUGUGAAGAAUGAAUGUGGUAAUGGUGGCAAGUUACAUGUAAUGAAUGUGAGGAAUGAAGAGGAGAAUGAGGAGAGGGAUGAUAGCUUCAUUGGCCCUGGGUCACCGAGUUUUAGAGAAUAUUGUAAUGAUAAUGAUUCUGUGGAUCGAAGUUCUUUGGGAGAUUCCAAUGAUUGUAACUCCGAGGAAUUAAGCACCAAGAAUGGCAGCGAUGAUGAUUCAACAAACAGGACGGAAAGUGAGAAAAGUGUCAAUUCCAACAAGCAGGAACCUGAGAAGAAAGAGAGGAGAGGACGAGGAUUCAGGAAUGUCAUGAAUAGGGGAAGGGCAAGAGGGAAGAGAAAUCUUCUGAACUUUGCUUGCUACAACACUGGCAAUCAAUCCUACGCUGAAGGUUCAUUAAACAAAGUAGUUGGAAAAACUGCAUGAGGACAAAAGAAAGCAAAAACCAUAAAACCUUCAAUAGGGUUAUUGAUAUCUCCCUCCAUGGGCCUCUACACCUCAAAUGGUUACUAAUUAGGUAUAGAAGAAAAUAAAAAUUGUCAUGGUUCAUGUAGAAGAAGAUCUAAUGGAACUUUGAAGUUGCAUUCGAGAUAUACACUUGUAAAUUAUGAUUGGUUUUCACUA